GUAAUAGAUUCUCUCGCUACUUCUCUCUUCUUGGGGAAGCAUGGUUUGACAGUAAUGCACCUUGCAGCCUGGUCUGGAAGCUUCGAGAUCCUGCUCAUGCUAGUGAAAGCUGGAGCAGACCAGAGAGCCAAGAGCCAGGAAGGAAUGAACGUUCUCCACUUGGCAGCUCAGAACAACAACCUGCACAUUGUGGAUUACCUCAUUCAAGACUUACAUCUGCAGGACCUGGACCAGCCCAAUGAGAGAGGAAGAAAACCGUUUCUUUUGGCAGCUGAGAGGGGCCACGCUGAAAUGAUUGAAAAGCUUACCUUCCUUAAUCUCCAUACUUCAGAAAAAGACAAGGAGGGGAAUACGGCCUUGCACCUGGCUGCGAUGCAUGGCCACAGCCCAGCGGUGCAAGUGCUACUAACUCAGUGGUCAGAAGUCAAUGAGAGAAAUGAGAAUGGAGAAACCCCAUUCAUGUUGGCUGUUGUGGGAGGUCAUGAAGAAUGUAGUCGAGUGCUUCUGGCGGGAGGAAGUGACGUCAACAUUCCAAACAAACUCAAUGUCAGUGCUUUGCAGACCGCGACCCGGAACGGCCACACACCUCUUGUCAACUUUCUUCUCAGUGAAAAUGCUGAUUCCCAGCAGCAGAAGCAACCCAAGGAGCCCCCUCUUCACCUCGCAGUUAUCAGCAACCGUCCCGCAGUUGUGAACAGUUUAUUGAGUGCUGGCCAUGAUGUUGACAGCUUAGAUCAGAGACAGCAGACUCCUCUGCACGUAGCUGCUGAUCUUGGAAAUGUGGAGCUGGUGGAGACGCUGUUGAAGGCUGGCUGCAACCUGAAAAUCACUGACAAGCAAGGAAAGACUGCCCUGGCUGUGGCUGCCAGGAGCCACCACAGCCUCGUCGUGGAUAUGCUCAUCAAAGCUGAGAGGUACUAUGCUUGGAGAGAGGAGCACCACGAGUGCAUCCCGGACUCGGCAGUAAGCGCGACACUGACAUUCAAGCAGGACCACAGUCUGGAGACCAGGCACAUCCGCACGCUGCUCUGGGACCUGGCCUACCGGCAGCUGAAGACGAAGGACUGGCAGAGGCUGGCCCGCUCGUGGGGCUUUACAGAGGACCAGAUCAGAGCCAUCGAGGAACAGUGGUCAGGUAAAGACAGCUUCCAGGAGCAUGGCUACAGGGCUCUGCUCAUCUGGCUGCACGGGGCUCUGAUGACACAGCCUGACCCUGCCAAGGAGCUGUAUGAGGAACUGGUGCGUGCAGGAUUCCCAGAACUAGCUGAAAAGAUUCGUCAGUUCAAAAGUAAAACUGACUCAAGCUCCAAGAAAUGUGCAGUCUCCUAAGCUGAGGAACACUUCAUAGCUUCCCUCUCCUCCUCCGGCCCUGGUUCCUGAUGGGCACAGCCAUCCUGAAGUUUUCCAGUACAGAGACAAUGCCCCUCCAGGGACGGACAAGAGCACACCACCUCCCCACUGCUCAAGGCCACACAGAGGCUUUGCCUUUUUCUUGAGGCAAACUGUUCGACUUCCCCCGUUUGUCACUUGGUACACACACAGAACACCCUAGCUGGAAGGGCUCUGUCCCUGCUUAAACACCAAAGGAACAAUAGGAUCAGUGUGGUGGCUUAUGGGAAGCCAGGGCUAGGAGACACUGCUGUGAUAUUGGAUUCUUGGAUGUGGGCAUGUCAAUAUCACAAUUAGCUUCCUUUCUGAUAGAUGGGAUGUUUUCUUCAGAGACUGCAGUGUGGAUGAAGGAAACACCCAUGAGUGCCUGACCUCAAGCUAUGAGCACUCAUCGCUGUAGAGGAAGUGCGUUUGGAAAUUCAGUCUCAGCCGGCAUUAUACCACACAAGUGUAAUCUAUUAUUCAGAAAAACAAAACAAAAAAACAAAACAAAAAAAAAAAAAAAACAAACUAAAACCAAACCAAACCAACCAGACACACAACAGUGAUUCUUAAACCCUUCACACUGUAAAUGUGGGUAAUUUUAAUUCUUUGUUCUUUCUGGUACAGUCUAUUUUGUUCAGAACAAACAAGCAUUACCUUUUGCAAUCUGAAAGAGUUAUGUACCACUUGUAUGUUGUAACAUUGUAAGCCUGCCUGGAGUACAAUUCUGACUCCUGGUCUGGAAAAACCGGUAAGAAAACCAAGGGCAAUUUAGUUAUUCUAUCAUGAAUUUAGUUUCCAGUUUCUUAUAUUGAUUAUAAAUGGUCCAAUUUAAUGCUAGGAAGGUUUAAAACAGGCAAUAUAUUCACAAGAUCUAGAAUUUUAAAAAAGUCUCACUGCAGUCUGUUCUUCAGGACGGCCAGUUUCCACUGACCGUGGCAGCAUUGACUCCAGCAUAACCUCCGUAUGUAAAAUAAAUGCAAAUGCAUACUC